AUGGAGAUGGAGAAGACGAGAGGAGAGGGAAAAGAAAAGGCCGAGAUGAAGAAGAAAAGAAAAGACGGCAGCGAGAGGCGGCGGGUUUCAUCUCCACCAGGCCCAGAACAACGCUCCACCGGCUUCGUGGGCAUUGAGCAUUACGUAUCCUUGCGUCCAGAGGGCUGA